AUGUCGUCAUCAGUACGAAUUCGCGAUAACCAACGGCGUUCGCGUGCACGGCGCAAAGAAUAUAUCCAAGAUCUUGAGCAACGCCUGCAGAAAUUUCAGACUAAAGGCAUUCACGCUACACGAGAGGUGCAAGAGGCGGGGCGAAAGGUGGCAGUAGAGAACAGUCUUCUCCGCUCGCUGCUCAUACUGCAUGGUGUUUCUGAUCAGAGAGUUCAAGAAUACUUAAGAGCACAUACAGCGGACAUGUCUCUUCCUACGUCGCGCUCGGAAGCUGUGCUAGUGGCGCGAUCGCACUCGGGGCAAUCUCCCAGACUAAAUACAGUGGAUUCCGGGGUGCCGAGUCCAUCAAACUACGCGCGCAACGAUCCGUCGCCCGAGAGAACGGCUACGGAGCCUACUUCAUCGACCUCGAGUUCGAGCCAAGUUACUUAUCAACAGGUGGCUAUAUCCGACAGCCAAAUUUCCGACGGGGACUCGGAGCUGAGUGUUCCGUUCGACUCUCCCGCUCCUGAUACUUCAACGUUACCACCACCCAGCAGGCACCAGGACUCCAGACAAUCAGGACAAUGUACCCCGUGCGAAACUGCAGCCGGGAUCAUUUCAUCUACGCGAAGCUACCCCGACAUGCAGGAUGUGCGGUCGGAACUAGGGUGUCAGUCGAGCGCCAGCUGCAUGGUAAAAAACAUGGACAUCUUCCAGCUGCUAAAUGAAUGA